CGGAGUGAUAUUUUGAGUGAACCGACAAUGUGGAGGUUGUUAAAAUGUCUACUUGGAAAAUGAAAUGGUUACAAUUUCUCUAACGUUAAGAAAACGGGGUAACACAAGAGUUAUGGUUUGUGUUAAAAACGCGUUUUUACUCUCGUGACGAAGACAACAACGAGACGAGGCGGCGGAGGAGUGGUUCAUAUCGCCUUUCCUCAUUUUCAUCAAGCCCACAGCCCGGACCACGGGGAAGGAUCCUAUCCCUAACUUUGUUUUUCUCUUUACUCCAGCCGUUGAUUACUCCCUGUUGGAUGCUACAUAAUUGAAUCCAGUUGCUUGCUGAGACUCACCGGGCCAAGUGAACAGCAGCAGAGAAUGGCUGCAGUGGAAACAGACAAGGAACUCAACGACUUGCUGGAUUUCAGUGCGAUGUUUGAGCCUCCAGUUUCAAAUGGCAAGAAUCGACCGACUACUCUUGCCAGCAGUCAGUUUGGAGGUUCAGGUAUAGAUGAGAGGAGUGGGUCCAGUCCCUGGGGUCCAGGAAACCAGAACAGUCCAUCUUUCAACCAGGGCAGGGGUUAUGGAGAGGAAGGCCUUUACAAUGAACAAGAGGGCAUUGCCUCUGCCCCCAUGUUUGGACCUGGGAUUGUUGGAAAGGCUGAACAAGGACAAUACUCAUCAUUUGCAACACAGCAGGGCUUUAUGCCCAGUGAGAUGCCUAUGCCCAGUCCCAGUGCCCUGUCCCCAUCUGGCCUGAAGUCCAGCUCCCAGUUUUACCCUUAUGAGGGAAGCAACUCUCGCAGGAGACCCGCACAGGAUCCCAUUGAAUCGCAGCCAAAAAAGAUCAGGAAGGUGCCCCCUGGCUUGCCCUCCUCGGUAUUUCCACCAGUCUCAGGAGAGGGUUUUAACGGGGACAAUGCAGGCUACCCAGCCUCCAAGGCAGGAAAUGUCUACCCACCUCCAUUCUACAUGCAGGAAGGUCUCCACCCGCCCUCCGAUCCAUGGGGCUCUGCUAGGUCGAUGGUUCAGCCUGGUUAUUCUGCCAUGCUGGGCAACUCCCCCCAUCUGAGCCAGCAUGGUCCCUUUUCUGCCAUCAACCCCCAAGACAGACUGAAACGGCAGCCGCUGCCUCUCUCCCCCCAAAACUACCCCCUGCAUGGCAGUGAGGUGAAUGGGGCUCAUCCCGCUGGCCUACACUCUGGCUCCAGCAGCUUCGGAGUCCCCAGCCACACACCCCCUAUCGCUGGCACUGACACCAUUAUGGCCAAUCGUGGAGCGGUACCUGGAAGUUCAGGUGAUGAGAUUGGAAAAGCCCUGGCAUCUAUCUAUCCUUCAGACCCGAACAGUAACGCCUUCCCUCCAUCCCCGUCUACUCCCUCUGGCUCUCCGCAAGCUGUGUCAGGCUCUGCAUCCCAGUGGACUCGGUCUUCUGGCCAGGCCACACCUUCACCCAACUUUGAGGGUGGAAUUCAGUCCAUGUCAAAUAAAAUGGAGGACCAUCUGGAUGAAGCCAUCAAUGUUCUACAGCGUCAUGCCAGUGGACAAGGAAGCCUGGCUGAAAUGCACGGUCUGCUCUCCUCUGCCAUAGGUUUACCCCCAGGUUUUGCUGGUGCAGCACUUGGAGGGGCCAGUCGCCUGCCAGGACUGAUCUCCAGUCACCAUGAAGACUCUAGUCUGCCCUCUAGUGGAGGACUUUUGCAUGGUCAUCAUGGCCCUGCAUCUGUCCAGCCGGGCUCUCAGCCUGCCGGCCUGCCCGGUAGCCUAAAUCGUUCCAGCAUUGUUCAUAUAAAACGAGAGGAAAAGGAAGAUGAUGAGAACUGCUCCGUCACCGACAGAUCAGAGGAUGAGAAAAAAGACAUGAAGGCCCGCAUUGGAACAAGUGUUGUCUCGGUGACUGAUGAGAACCUGACUGCCGAGGAGAAGGAGCAGAGGGAGCGUGAGCGCCGACUUGCUAACAACGCUAGGGAGAGGGUACGCGUGCGCGACAUUAACGAAGCCUUCAGAGAGCUGGGCAGGAUGUGUCAGGUCCACCUGCAGAGUGACAAGGCCCAGACCAAGCUUAUCAUCCUGCAACAGGCUGUCCAGGUCAUACUGGGCCUGGAGAAGCAGGUGCGAGAGCGCAAUUUGAACCCAAAGGCUGCCUGCCUCAAGAGGAGAGAGGAGGAAAAAGUUUCAGGUGUGGACCCCCAGAUGCAGCUUGGUGGGGGUCACCAUGGUCUAGGAGGAGAUGGACAUAUGUAAUUCUCAGUUCCUGUUGAUUGUACAGCCCUUAGAACAAGUGGCCUUAAUCUAUCAAUGUCAUGCAUCUCAGUGUGUGUUAAUCAACUUUUGGAAAGCACACACACACACACACACACACACACCCACACCUACACCUCAUUACUGACAAGGCAGGUGGCCACAUUCCUGACGAUGAAUCACAAAAUUAACAAGCACACUCUGACAGAACGAGGAAACAUUUAUUGGUCUUUAUAUGACAGUACUUUGAACCGAGAACACUGGUUUGGAGACGGAGGACGAGGACGUUCUUAUGAUCGUGUUUUUGUAAGACAUUUUGAAAAAUUGCAUUACAAGUUGGGAGCAAAACUUGUUUGGAUCAAAUAAAACAUUAUGGAUCAAUUGCUCAUAUGAGCAGGGUUAAGAUUUAUAUUGUUGGUAAUUAUUGGCAUUCCCGUCUGAAAAGGAGGUCUUACAUUCUUCAAAAGCAAAGAGGGACGCCCUGGUUUACAUCCUACAAUUGAACAAAACUUGUUAAAGCACAUGCUUCAAAGAGGCCCAAUGCAUAGUGUUUGAUUGGAUAAAAAUGUUCUUUAUCCUCUCAUGUGAUGACUGAAUUACAGACAUGGGGUUUGAAGACAUCCAGCCUCUGGCUGUCCAAUCAGAGCGCCUACUUCUCUUUUUGAUAAGCUGUUAACCCUGGCUGGCUGUAGUUUUUAAUUUCUUGUUUUGGCUGUAAAGGUGCCGCAGUCGCCGACUCACACGUGUGGUGGUGUUUGUUUUUUGGUUUUGUUUUUUUUUUUUUUUUGUUAAUCUUAUCUCUUUUGUGCAUCUGUUAUUGUCAUGGCCAUGCAAGUGGAAUAGAAAGACUGCCUGAGAGAGACCCAACCACCGACAAAAGUGUGAGCACAGACUCAAUACGAUACAAAUCCAGGAUCAACGCGUUGAAUCAAAUCCCUGCCUUCCCUCCGUGAGGCUGCCGUUGGACUGGAGCUUACAAGUGUGACUUGCACUGCUUGCAUCCUUUGCCAUCAUAAAGUCAGUCGCUCUCAGCCUCAGACUCAACCAUGUGGUCAGUUUGUAUCUUCUUAACUCAAAUACAGCCAGUGUCACAUCAGCCAUCAAAUUACACCUAAGGACAGAUACAGCACGGCGAACUCCCCUAACGCAAGCCUCAGAGCAAUUUGUGUUGUUGUAAAUGACAUUUUGCUAGAAGUCAGAAAUAACUGAGUAUUGAAAGGGAUCAUGAGUGUUACUGCUACCUUGUGGAGAAUUUACUCAAUUGCCAUUGACUGACUUGUUGUGGUUGUUAUUCUGUAUUGAACUUUUUUUUGUCCUUUUGAACAAUUUGCAAAGCCUGUUGUAAGGAUCUUCCUUUUGUAGAAUUGAUUUAUCUUUUUUUUUUUUUUUAACUUUGUAAGAUAGUUGUAUGAGUUUUGUUUUUAUCAUUUGGAAUGUUUUCUUUCUUUUUUGUUUACAUUGUUUAAAUGUAAGAGGACUCUCAAUUUAGAUUCCAGGAACAAAGUGAGGUGUUUUCUUUUGUGCCAGGUGCUUAGAAAUGUUAGAAAUGACAAAAUUAUCUGGCUGUAACAUCACAUGUUGUGAUAUUGCUCUCUCGUUGUUUUUGAAUGCUUGUUUCAACACAAUCCUGUCAGGCCAGUUGGAAUUGGAUCGUUCUGGUGUUUGCAACAGUUUUUCUUAAAAUGAAACACAAUAUUGUUUUCUUUAGCACGGCCCCCCUCCUCCCCCCGAUGUCCAGCUCGCUGAUGAGCUUGUUGAUUAGUUUGAGAAAGGGGCAGCAGGGGUGGUCUGCACUAUCUGCAACAUAAUUCACUGUUUCAUUAUGAUGUGAAGCAUAUAAUUAACGAAAAAGGGUGGCCUUAGUCAUUUUCCUGACUUUGGGAGUUUUGAUAACGGUUACUCACCAGUGCCUGAAUACUUCUCUGCUACAUGGUGGACGGUGUUGCAUUUGAGGAUUUUUAGGUUGUACCUUUUUAUAAUACAGAUGUAUAUAACAUAAAUACUUCAGUAUCAUCUGACAAUAUAGUUGGACUCAUUGACGCUGACCACUGCUGUGUCUGCGUGUCAUUAAAUUUAAGAUGACUAAGUAAUAACCUUGUCUACAACUUUGACGCUGAAAAUUGUACUUAAAAUUUCUCAUCAUUUGAACUGAUUCUGUUAAAUAUAAUUUUGUCCUUGACUGGCAUGUGCAUUGAUAUGUAUGUACAGCUGUAUAUGUCCUCAUCAGCUUUAUCCUUGUAGGCUAAUACUGAUAUGUAACAGUAUUGGUUUACCUGUCAUUUUGUCGCAAGUCUUGCCCUAUGGACUAGCCAUAAACAUUGUUUUCUUUGUCAGUUACUCUUGCCUUUCUGCAGAUGAAACUGGUGUUGUUAAGACAUGAUAGGUUGCUACUGAAGACUUUAAUUUCUGAACAUUAUAAAUAUGUCUGCAGUAUCCAAGUAUCAAAACACGCACCUGAUGUUCUUCGUUCAGACCCUUUCUGUCCUCCACAACAGACCUGCUACAGAUCUCUCUGUCUUCAAUCAUGUUUGAGGACAACAUCUAUGUAGGCUAUGUCCUCAAAGUGCCUCCUGUUUCCUAUUUUUUAUAUAUAAAGUAGAUAUUGAGAACUGUUGUGUAUAUAACAGUAAUGUAGCAAUAAAUGUGCCAUUUUUAAUAACAAAA